AUGACAGAUAUAUAAAAUGUUGUGCAUUCUAAAUAUGGGUACAACUAAUUUGAAAUGUUUAUGAUGGUUUUAAUUACAGGAAUUACUAAUUUCGUGGUGAUUCCAGCGAUUAUCAUUAUCAGGAAGCAAAGAAUGGAUUUCUAAUUUUAUAUCUCCAUAUUUACCUUGAUUACAAGUUUCAUGUAUCACACAUUAGAGAGUGUUGAUUGCAAGUAUUUCAUAAUUGAAGAAGGAGGUUGGCAUCGAUUAGAUAAUGUUGGAUCAAUUGUUUGUUUUUAGAUGUUAUUUACCUAAUUGAGCGAUUUGUAAAAUUUACAUCUUGAAACAAUGUUAAAUUAUUUUGGACUUUUUGUUACUUUCAUAGCAUAAGCCAAAUCUCCAUGGGAUUUAAAUUAUACUGUGGGACCUAUUUUAAUGCAAUUAUUUAUUUGCAUCUUUUUGAUUAUCAAAAGAAGAAGAUUGCCAAAAUUGAAUAAAUAGAAAAUGAAAAAAGGAUUGCUUAUCUUAUUGGCAGCCAUAGUGUUUUUUAGUUUAUCCCAAGAUGAGUAUUAGGAUUAUUUAAGAUUUUAUCAUGGAAUGUGGCAUACAACAGUAGGAUUGUUUUCAUUCUAUGUGUGGCAAUCAAAAUGCGAUGUUGAGUUCACCUGGUAGAAUUUUCAUACAAUCCCAACAUUGAAGGAAUCGUAUUACAAAGACGAAUGAAUUUUGUGCAUAAAUUCAAUAAUAAUAAAUGUCAAUAAAUUAAUUAUAUCAA